CUUCGAUAUUUCCUAUAUAAACCCGUCAUACCACACUCUCCUCUCCCUCAUAUUCGUCUUCCACAUCUCUCUCUAACAAAACUCUGUCCCUCUCUCUAAAGAAGAAACCCUCUGUCUGUCCCAUCUUUAUAGAUUCAAAGCUCAAAAACACAGAGGAAAACAGAAAAGGAAGGGGCAAUAAUUCUGAUUUGGUCAAAUUGCAGAAUACAGGUGUUGGGCUAUUCCACAUUUUUGCUCGGGAACCGCUGUGUUGUUUAAGUUAAAGAAUCCAGUGUCCUAAAGAUAGAUUUCUAUACUUCUGCACCAUUGGCAUGUUAUGCUUAUUUUCUGGUGAAAAAAAGCCAUCAAUCGUGCCUUGGGACAUUACUUGGAGAUAUAGUUUAAUUUGUAUGCAUUUACAUAUGAUAUGGGUUCUCGAGGACGACCAUUCUUGGAUCUUAAUGAGCCCCCUGCGGAAGAGGAUGAAGAGAGCGACAGCGUCUCAUGUGUUCAGCCCAAGAAAACUCUCCCUUCGUUAAAUUCACACCCAUCUGAUUUGUUCAUAUCGUCCGAAGGUACUCAAAGAUUACCUAAUAAUAACCAUGCUUUCUCACAUGAACCUUCAGUUUCGGUUUUCCAGCCCUUUGUUAGGCCAAAAGAUGUACAUAAUCAUGAAGACCAAGGGAAACAAAUGAAAGAGGAUCAUUUGGGUUCCAAGGUUGCCUCAUCCUCUAAGGUGGAAGGAUGUGACGAGGAAAGUAAAGAGAAAUCACUGCUUGUUCCAGCUAGCACACCCACCAAUGCUCAAUCUGUUGAAAGGGUGACAAAAGAGAAACCACUACUUGUUCCAGCUAGCACUCCCAUCGAUGCUCAAUCUGUUGAAAGGGAGGAAGGUGAAUGGUCUGAUGUAGAGGGUUCUGCUGAUGCAUUCGGUAGCAGUGCAAGUAGCCCUACAAAUGAUAGAUCAAGUACUAUUAAUGGCGAGACUUCACAGAAACAAGGACUUACUGGGGGAACAGAUCUUUCUAGCUCGGAUAAGGUUGCUGAGAGUUCCUCACAGGAUAUCAUGCAUGCUGUGGUUGCAAAAACCGAAGUGAUUGAUGCUGCCAAAGAGGUGAUAGGACGAUCGGAGUCAGAGCUAUCUGAUAGGGAACACACUGCCAGUAGAAAUUCAGAUGGCAAUAAGAAAGUGGAUAUGCCUGGGGAUGGACCUGAUGAGCCGUCAAUCACAGUGAAACAAAAAGAGGUUAAGGGAGUUGAAGCAAGUCAUGCACUGAAGUGUGCAAAUAAUCCUGGCAAGAGACAGAGGCUUGAUCAACAGACAGAAGCAAGGCUUGGGAGAAAGCGUGCUAGACAGACUAUGUUUCUUAAUUUUGAUGAUGUCAAGCAAGCUGGCCCUCCAAAAACUUCGACACCUAGAAGGCAAACAUUUUCUUCAGCUCCAGCGACUCGCUCAGUAAAGGAGAGACACAGUAUUCCUGCUGAGCGCAGUGAAAGACAGAGUCAACCUGCAUUGAAGGAUCAGAAGCAAGCAGAUACAUCUAACAAUGAAGCAACCACUCCCAUGGAUACUGACCCUAAAUCUGAAUCGAACGGGGAAAUGAACUCAGGUCUUCAGCCUCGGUCAAAAAGGUUAAACAGUGGAAAUGAAUUAGCUGGAGAUGGGUAUCUACCUCCUGUUUCGAGGCAGGGUCCCUGGAAGCAGUCCACUGAUGUGCGGCAACACAGGAACCCACCAAUGUUAACUAGGAAACCACCUGUUGUUAAUCAGAUCCCUUCAGAUACAAAAUUGGUCAACAAAAAGCUUCCUCCGGUGAAGAAGCAAGUUGCAAAUAAUGCAUACUACUCAGAUACAUCCGUUGAACGUCUUUUACGUGAAGUGACCAAUGAGAAAUUUUGGCAUCACCCAGAGGAGACAGAGCUUCAAUGUGUUCCUGGACAGUUUGAAUCUGUAGAGGAAUACGUCAGAGUAUUUGAGCCUUUACUUUUCGAGGAAUGCCGAGCCCAGCUGUACAGCACUUGGGAGGAGUCUACUGAAACAAUAUCCAGAGAUGUACACAUAAUGGUCAAAAUUAAAACCGUUGAAAGACGAGAAAGAGGAUGGUAUGAUGCAGUAGUUAUUCCAGCAAACGAGUGCAAAUGGACAUUUAAGGAGGGUGAUGUUGCAGUUCUUUCAUGUCCAAGGCCUGGAACAGCAGUCAGGCCUAAAAGGAAUAAUGCUGGUGAAGAUGAUCCGGAGGCUGAGAUCAGCGGGCGUGUGGCUGGAACAGUCAGGCGACACAUACCUAUUGAUACCCGUGACCCUCUUGGGGCCAUCCUUCACUUUUAUGUCGGGGAUACCUACGACCCUAAUAGCAAGGGAGACGAAGAUCAUGUUUUGAAGAAAUUUCAACCUAACGGUAUCUGGUAUCUUACUGUGCUUGGUACUCUUGCAACUUCGCAGCGUGAAUAUGUUGCACUUCAUGCAUUUCGUCGUCUCAAUCCGCAGAUGCAAGCUGCUAUUCUUAAGCCUAGUCCAGAACAGUUCCCAAAGUAUGAGCAGCCACCUCCUGCCAUGCCUGAAUGCUUCACCCAAAAUUUUGUUGAUCACCUGCAUAGGUCCUUCAAUGGACCCCAAUUAGGUGCCAUCCAAUGGGCCGCAAUGCACACAGCUGCUGGUACAAGUAGCGGGUCAGCCAAGAGACAAGAUCCAUGGCCCUUUACCCUUGUCCAAGGGCCACCAGGGACGGGUAAGACACACACAGUCUGGGGAAUGCUAAAUGUCAUACAUCUUGUCCAGUAUCAGCAUUAUUACACUGCGCUACUUAAGAAGCUUGCUCCUGAGAGCUACAAGCAAAACACUGAAAGCAGUUCUGAGAAUGUCAGCAUAGGAUCCAUAGAUGAAGUUCUCCAAAGUAUGGAUCAGAACCUAUUUCGCACAUUGCCGAAACUGUGCCCUAAGCCUAGAAUGCUUGUCUGCGCUCCUUCAAAUGCGGCAACAGACGAAUUGCUGUCGCGUGUUCUUGAUCGUGGGUUUAUUGAUGGCGAAAUGAAGGUUUAUAGGCCUGAUGUUGCUCGAGUGGGUGUCGACACCCAAACGCGAGCUGCUCAGGCAGUUUCUGUUGAGCGAAGGACUGAACAGCUACUGGCCAAAGGACGCGAAGAAGUCAUUAGUUGGAUGCACCAGUUGAAAGCUCGGGAAGCUCAACUUUCGCAGCAGAUAGCUAUUCUUCAAAGAGAACUCAGUGUUGCAGCUGUAGCUGGUCGUUCUCAAGGAUCUGUAGGUGUUGAUCCGGAUGUCCUAGUUGCACGAGACCAUAAUCGCGACCAAUUGUUACAAAACCUUGCAGCUGUUGUGGAAGGACGGGACAAAGUUCUGGUGGAGAUGUCCCGCCUUCACAUUGUAGAAGGGAAGUUUCGUCCUGGUAGCAACUAUAAUCUCGAGGAAGCUCGUGCAAAGCUGGAAGCUAGUUUUGCAAAUGAGGCUGAGAUUGUUUUCACAACAGUCAAUAGUAGUGGUCGUAAGAUAUUCUCGCGUCUAGAGCAUGGUUUUGACAUGUUGGUUAUUGAUGAGGCAGCUCAGGCUAGUGAAGUAGCCAUUCUUCCUCCCCUUGCUCUUAGUGCUGCUCGCUGUGUUCUUGUUGGGGACCCGCAACAACUUCCUGCUACAGUUAUCAGCAAGGCGGCAGGGACCUUGUUAUACAGUAGAAGUCUAUUUGAAAGGUUCCAGCAAGCAGGCUGCCCUACAAUGCUAUUGUCUGUUCAAUAUAGGAUGCAUCCCCAGAUCAGGGAUUUUCCUUCAAGACAUUUUUAUCAAGGACGUCUUACUGACAGCGAGAGUGUUGGCAAUCUACCUGAUGAAGUCUAUUACAAGGACCCGUUACUGAGACCUUAUGUGUUCUACGACAUAACACAUGGACGAGAGUCUCACAGAGGUGGAUCUGUCUCAUACCAGAACAUUCAUGAAGCACAAUUUGUUCUCCGCUUAUAUGAGCAUCUACAUAGGACGUUAAAAUCUUUAGGUGCGAAGAAGGUCAGUGUUGGUAUCAUUACCCCUUACAAGCUUCAGUUAAAAUGCCUUCAACGUGAGUUUGAAGAGGUUUUGAAUUCAGAAGAAGGGAAGGAUCUAUACAUCAAUACUGUGGACGCGUUUCAAGGCCAGGAACGUGACGUGAUUAUCAUGUCGUGUGUUCGUGCCUCAACUCAUGGCGUGGGCUUUGUUGCUGAUAUUCGAAGAAUGAAUGUUGCGCUUACUCGUGCUAGGAGAGCACUUUGGGUUAUGGGGAAUGCAAAUGCGCUGAUGCAAUGUGAUGACUGGGCUGCAUUGAUCACGGAUGCCAAGGGAAGGAACUGUUAUCUGGACAUGGAAUCUCUUCCCAAGGAUUUCCUGGCUCUGAAGGGUCCCACUCCUACUCCACAUCCUGGCAAGUCAUUUGGAAACACAAGGGGGUUAAGGACAGGCAGUUACGGUGGCCCUAGGAAUAGACAUUUUGACCUGCAUUCAGAGUCCAAGUCUGGAACUCCAUCAGAAGAGGAUGAGUCGAAUACACUGUCAAUCUCCAGAAACGGAAGUUACAGGAACUUAAAGGUGCCAAAUGAUAAUCUGGUGGAUGAUUCGGAACCUGUGGGAGCUCGAAAUGCCUGGCAAUAUGGCAUCCAAAAGAAGCAAAAUUCUGCUGGUUUAUUGGGCCGGAGAGAUCCAUAACUUUGUUGGAGCUUGUGGUGAUUUCCCACAAGAUUUAUCUGCUACCUUGGAGGAGCUGGGUGACUAUGAUGAAGUGUGUGCCACCACACCGGAAAUGCUUACCAUGGAUUUGGUGUUUAUCAAAGUUGAGUCUGAAGAUAUAUCCGGAUUUUACCAUUGAGAAGAUGUGAGACUGUCCUAAACACUGUUGCAAGGAGACGUCCGAGUGGAAUCAAUUUGUUGGCGGUCUCUCAGGAGGAUGAGUGAGAAGAUCAGAAGCAAUCUGGUUUGUUCUUUUGGAACAGGACUCGAAGAUCUGGAUUGGUUUGAAUUGCUCUCUCAUGGAUCAUGGUAAUGCCUAGGUUCUUAAGUGCUGACAUAUUCCUUCCAUUGUUCGGGCUCCCGCUCUUUCCUUGGACAGGCAGUGAACAUUGGGGGCAAUCGUUUUAUGUCAGGACUUUGAUCUGCACCUCAAGGCGGAUAGGCUAUUAUGGAAUACACAAGUACUUGUACAGGGUGAUCAAUUAAACCCAAAUCUGUGAACUCUGCCCUCUUGUCCUCUCAAAUGUUACUAGCACAUACAGUGGUUCUGGACUCUUUUUGUUGGAUGGUUUUGAAGGACACAUGGUUGUUCAGAAAAGAUCUUUGCUCUGAGAAGGAAAAGGUUUAAUGCAGCAAUGGUUUGAACACCAUCUUCCCGUUCAGACUGCUUUUUCUGGAACUCUUAUCAUAUCUGGCAACACAAUUUGAGUGAAGAAACUUCCUCAGAGUUAUCUACGGCAAAACUCUUAUUUUAGGUUCUUUAUCACGCAUAUAUAUAUAUAUAUAUAUAUAUAUAUGUAGGUCUCAAUUGUAUAUAUACAAGGGACUGUAAGUUCUUUUAUUCAAUUUGUCUGCCAAGGGAAAAUUUUGUUUUUCUUGUAAAUUUCAGGUGAUAUUGUCUUAGUUGUUUACUUUUACUGAAAAUUGCCAUCACUAGCCA